UGUGGCAAAGUAGGUAAUCUCCCUCCCCUGGUACUUAGAAACGGCCUAUCAGGGCUCAGUCAUUGCUUUAUAAAGGCUGUGAUUAGGCUACCUGGGAUGCGUCAUUGUUGGCCCCGCCCAUCCGGUACGUGUGCGCUUCCGCCUAACAAAGGUAUGUUUGUAGCUGGUCUGGCUAAUGCUGCAAUGAGCUCUUGGACAUCGGCUAACUAUAUUAAUUUAUUGUAGCUGGAGUCGCCUUUUUGCAGCUGGAAUAGCCCAUUAUUCCUGGCUUCGCUGUGGUUUUCAGGCUGUUCUUGCCACCUGGUUAGACUGAUUUCAUUCAAGUAAUCUUCUGAGACUUGUGCUGUGAGCAACUGUAUGAGGUGUGUGUAACGCUGUAGUCAAUACCUGUAGGACAAAGUUUUGGGAACGUCCGCCUGUUUUCGGGUGGGGAAGAUCGCCUCCUGCAUAAUAGCAGAUUAAAGACGGCGUUGCUGUUUUGCUGUUUUGCUGUUUUGCUGUUUUUUUACAUUUUGUUGUGUGUUUUGGUAAUUGUUUCAGUCAAUCAGGCUUUAGAUUAAUUUCGUUUUGUACAAUUGAGUAAUUUGUGUUCUUUGUGUUUUAGGCCCCUGAGUCGGGUGGCUAGCUGUCCUAGUAUCCUGGUGGUGGUGGUGGUGUUUGGAGCACGGAGUGUGGAUUGUCGUUUGUAGUCACUCACCUCACUGUGUGUGUGUGUGUGUGUGUGUGUGUGUGUGUGUGUGUGUGUGUGUGCUUUACGAAUAGCCACUUUUGCAGCUAGCCUACCCUGCUAGGGGUAAGCCUUCGUAAAACUGAUUAAUGUAUGCCUGGUCGAAUCAUAUCUUUGCCUGAUCUUUUAAAAGGUGUAUUUUCUACUUUGUGAAUUUAAUAAAUAGUUUAUACGCUAGUGCCUCUGUCUCUGCCUCCUAUGGUAACGAACCUGUGUGUCUAAAUUCCAUCAAGUAUUUAGUUCCCCUCACUUUAGAGGGGUGGCGUAGUCGGUAGUUAUAUCAUAAUUAAUUAACUUCAAGUUGCCACGCCACAUUCUGGCGUAGUCGGCAGGGUCCCGUGUUUGGCGGAGACACUGGUAUUAGUGGUUGUUGUUUUUCUUUUAUUUUUCUGUUGCAGUGAGAUUGGUAAGGAGUAGCAGCAAAACAGCAGCGCACGUCUGGUGGAUUCUGAUUCUUUGUGAGUCUACUCCCUCUUGUUGGUAAGUGUUACGGCCGUCAAAAUUAUGGAAGAAGAGUUACAGGAAUUGAGGGAAGUAGUAGCUCAGUUGCGGGCAGAAAAUGAGAGGUUGCGUCAAGACCACUUUCUUGCGCUUCCUGGCCCUAGUGAUGCCCCUUCUAUUGUUCCUGGUCCUUCUGUUGCUGCCCCCCCUCAGCCAAGUAGUGCACAGGCAGUCCUGCCAGAACGAUUUGUUUUUGUACCUCGAGACAGGAAAUGUCAAAAAUUCAAUGGCAGGGUUGGUCUGAGCAUUGAUGAGUGGGUUGAAGAGGCCAAAGCUUGUAUGCAGGCUCGUCACCUGUCUGUUUCUGAUCAAGCUUUCUUCUUGUUUGACCACUUGGAGGGGGAGGCAAGGGAAGAAAUUAGGUACCGUUCGGAGAUUGAGCGAAAUGAUCCAGAUAAAAUUAUUUUGGUGUUACGGGAAUUAUAUGGUUGCUCACAGUCAUAUGUCUCAUUACAGGAGGCAUUUUUUUCUAGAAAGCAGCAGGAGGGUGAAUCAUUGUUGGAGUUUUCCCUAGCUUUGAUGGGUCUCCUAGAACGUGUGACGCAGCAAUCGCCGUAUGUUAUGCCAAAUUCACAAGUUUUGCUACGCGAUCAGUUCAUUGAACAUGUUUGUGACGUGGCCCUUCGCCGAGAAUUAAAACAGUUAAUACGUCGUCAGCCAAUGUUAACAUUGUUGGAAGUUCGAAGCGAAGCUCUUAGAUGGGAAAGGGAGGGAAUGUUGGGGAGUACGAGAGGACGAAGCAAUUCCGUUCCAUCCGCCUAUGGGAUUCAGUAUGGUGUACAAGGUGAGUCACGGGUGGGUAGAUUUCCUCAGCGCUCUGAACUAGGUGAACUGAGGGAAAUGCUGAGAUCACAGCAAGAGCAAUUAAAUAAGCUAACUCAAAAUUUUGCUCGCUUGCAGGCCCCUCAGUCACGUAGUCAGCCUCCUCACCGCGGCCCCAUUAUAUGUAGGAGGUGCCAACGACUUGGCCACUUUGCUAGAGAGUGCGAUGGGGAGCGUGUUCCCCCUCGUCCGCAACCCCCUUUGCCCACUGCGUCGUCAUCUGAGGGUAGACAGCCUGGUCCAUCUGCGUUGUCGGGAAACUAGUCCCCACCGUGUCGCCGAGCCAAGGCGCGGUUGGGGAAUUGACCGGCUCUAGUGUUUCAAGUAUGUCUCAUUUAAUGUCUUCAUGCCCGCACCUUGCUAUUCGAAUGGGUGGGGUCCAAAUUUCAUGUUUGGUCGAUACUGGCUCCAUGGUGUCCACAAUAACGGAAAGUUGGUUUCGUAAAUAUUUUGAACCAUGGGGUCCGGAUCGACUUAAGUCGUGCCAGUGGCUACAACUUCGGGCUGCAAACGGUCUUUCGAUUCCAUAUAUUGGCUACAUGGAACUGGAUGUCGAAUUGUGUGGGCAAGUGAUUUCGGAGUGUGGAGUGCUUGUUGUCCGGGAUCCUCCUGGUGGGAUUUGUGACCAAGUCCCAGGGGUACUCGGGAUGAAUGUCCUGAGCCGUUGUUACCAGGAGUUAUUUGGACAACAUGGCCCUGCUCUUUUCGAGUCUGCUGUAACCGUUGAGGCCCCUAGCUUUGUCAUGCAGGCACUUCAAUAUUGUCACCGUUUGGAAGACCAGGGUUCAGCAAGGCACCCUGGUCCGGUUAGGUUACGGGGUCGUGAGUCAUGUCGCAUCCCAGGUGGCACGAUGAAGUUUGUAGCAGCGACUUGUUCUGAACAAUAUGCAGCGGGGUUAGUACUGUUUGAGCCCCCAGAGUCU